UCCACCCAUCGAGCAGAGGUUCUCCAUUUUGGCUCUAAUGAAGUCAGAAACAUUCGUUUGUAAUCAAAUAGUUCCAUGUAUAGAGGUUCGAGUUGGAUAUUGAUGCUAAAAGGUGACCCGUUUUUAAUAUUUAGUGUGUUCUAAAUCGCGUCCACGGACUCUGCGCUGUGUUUCACUGUGUGCAAUGGGAGGCUGCUCUGCUCCGAACUGCUCCAACUCAACCAGCAUUGGGAAACAGCUGUUCCGAUUCCCGAAAGACCCUUUACGCAAAAAGAAAUGGGUGGUAAAUUGCCGGCGUGAUUUUGAGCCAACUCCUCAUUCCAGACUAUGUCAAGAUCAUUUUGAGCUGAGUCAGUUUGAGGAGAUCGCCAGGUCUCCUGCUGGUGGAAAGAAGCUGAAACCCAAUGCCAUACCAACUUUGUUCAAUCAUGGAGAGCCACCGUUUCCUGUAGUCAUUACUCCACACAUCAUCCAGCCACCAAAACCAGAAUUGGUGGAAAAGGAUCUUAACGUUGGGGACCAUGGCUAUGCCAGGAGGAAUCCACUGCAUGGCUGUGAAGAAGAAGAAAUGGGAGGCUCAGCUGAAGACCAACAGUCCUGCACACAGUGCCAGCUGCUGAAGAAGCAACUCGACAAAGAGAUGCAGCAAACCGCACGCUUGCAAAAGGAGGCAGAGGAGAUGAAGAAGCGCCUGUAUCGCCUUGAUCGGAUAGAAAAAGGACUCCAGAACUUCUUGUAUGAGGACCAGAUCCGAGCACUGUCGCUCACGAAGCGCUCUCGCCGUGCCGUUUGGUCUCCAGACACCAUUCUGAAGGCCAGAAAGAUACGGUGUGCUGUUGGCACCAAAGGUUACGAGUAUUUGAGAGAAGUAGGAUACCCCCUACCGUCAUACAGGACGCUGUGUAACCGCCUGGAAACCAAGAUCCUGGUGACCACUGAUAUGAGCUGCGAGGAACUGGCUGAGCUCAGUCUGGGCCUAAUGGCCACCUGUGAGAGUCCCACACAAGGCGUCGUAGACAAUGAUGAAGACGAUCUAAUAAGAGUGUUGUCUUGAUCCCACAAGGUUUAUGUGUCAGUUCAACCAAGAGCAGAAUGUACAGGUGGUGGAAGCAGUCAGUGUCCAAUGUUGACUUUUUUUUACUUCAGAUAUAAACAUAAUAAAGUCUUGCACCGGUGAACACAGUUAUUUCAUCAGUAAAAUACUGCAUUACUUUUCAGAUAAGGCCAGUAAAACACAGAGGACGGUGGGAAUUUCUCAUUUCUGGGGUCAUGUUUAUACUUUUUGUUUAAUAUGAAAGGGAGCUGAAAGCACCAGUGACUGAUUCCAAUUACCUUGAAAUGUUUUUUUUUCCCAUAUAUAUAAUGUAUAAAAUGACAAAUGAUCACACCUGCUAUGUGGGAUAUUAAAAACUCUGUUCAUUUAUUGUUUCUUUUUUUAUUUGUUAUUUUUCCCCAUCAUGUUUAUCUUAUUAGUUAUGAUAAAUGUCACCUUGCAAUUACAUUUAAUGUGGACUGUUCGGUGAGAGUUUGGAGCCUUACAACAGCAUGCUAUUAAAUAUAUGUUUUUGAUCUCGGAUAGGGAUGAAGUCAACAGUUAUACAGUUCCAAAAUAUAUGUCAAAAAUUAAUUUAUUUUGAUAUUCAUUAAGACCCCAUGUAUCAUGAGUUCAUUUAUUGUCUAUUUUUACACUGCAUUUUAUUUCAAGAAAAUAUGAUCAUUGUUGUUCAUUUUUGGUCUCUUCCUGCUCCACUAUUGUUCUUCUUCUCAUGGUGGAUGAAAUUUCUUCAAAAACAAUGACAGAGAGGCUUGAAAUAAUCCAACAAAAAGAGUAGACAACCAACUGAAGAACACAGCAUUCUGAGAACUAAACUGAACUUUAAUGUAUCCAAACAGCAGUCAUCAUAAUUCUGCCCUGCCACACUAUUUUUCUUUCACCUCUGAUGUGUUUUUUGAUGCUACAAAUGUAGGUCAAUAGGCUUGUUUGUCAGACGGUGGCGUUCACCUCUACACAGUUCAUCAGGCUGAUCCACUCAUUGUAAAGCAAAUAUUGUGCAAAAGUCUCGAUAAGAUUGUGUAGCUUCUGUGGGGUCCUUCAGAGACUUCACAUCCUCCACCUAGAAACAUUUGAAACAUGUUGUUCUCUGCAUAUUGUGUCAGCAGAUGAGAUGUUAAAUCUAAAGUGGCCGCUGGAGAUAUGUUGCAGGACACCAUGGUUGUCUCUUAAGUUGUCGGUUGCUGUUGUGAACGUUUUUUAUGGUCAGUAAAUUGAGGGGGGGGGUUGGAAAAUUGUAAAGUGGCAGCUAGUCAGGGCAAUAUUACUGAAGUGCAACAUGAAACCACUUUAGGAAUCUUGUGUCCCCUGACGCACUGAAAUAUGCUCACAAUAAAUAAUAUGUUCAUAAUAAACUGAAGACAAGUAGAUAGCAGGCAUCUGUUGAAAUGCACUCCCACUUUCAGUUUUGU